UCCCUCCUUCCCAGCGUCCCAUCGUCUCGAUCUGAAUUAUUGAGUCUUCCCAAUCGGCCGGAUGAGACAGCAUCAAGCCGUCAGCUAGUCUAGAAUGAAGAAGAGAUUAGCUGUCCGACUUCCGACCGUCCGAUCGUGUAUCGACCCGACCCAUUUCGGUCGCUCCCCUCCUCUUCCGUUUUUCUUUGGUAAUCUCCAAUCCGGUUUUUUUUUUCUGUCCUGUGGAUUCGGGAUGGCGGUCGUCUCCCGGAUCUACAGUGGGGUAGGAUCAGGAGAAAGGGGGGAAGAAGAAGGGGAGACUCGGGAGAGUAAAUACGGCGAGUCAGUGACUCGCUGGCUUCUGAGUGAAUCUUAGCUAGCCUACUAGCUAACUACUGGCAAGUUUUGCAUGACAGACCGGCCGGCCGGCUGACCGACAGCUACGCUUGCAUUAGUUUCUCAGAUCG